GCACGCGAUGGUCCACUCUGUACCAUCCAAUGGGUGGACCGGAACGUGGGGACACUCAUGAGCACCCUUCAUUCUGGACACCAUCAUACCCCCUGCACAAGAAUUAUUGAGGAUUGCGCAAAGUAUGGUGGGUAUCGCAGGAUCACUAUUUCCAGACCUGAGGCUAUUUCUGACUACAUUGCACACAUGGGAGGGGUCUACAAGUCGGACCAGAUGAUAAACUAUUAUGAAGUUCUACACAAGAGCCUCAAGUACUGGAAGAAGAUCUUUCUGCACAUGGUUGACUUAGCUAUACUCAACAGCUUCAUCAUGUUUACUGCCCUUCAAAAACAACAUCCUCAAGAUGAACGUCUCCAGAGGAAAGGGCAGUAUGCGCAGAAAGACUUCAGGUGUGAGCUUAUCCGAGGGUUGGCAGGAAUUGACAUUAGGGAACCUUUAGCACAGUAUUGUUUUUUGACGAAUAGAAUGGUACAGGUUCCCACACCAACACCACAACAACAGAAACGACAACAAGAAGAAGAAGAACAACAACAGCAAAUCCAGCAAUUGCAAGUACUAAUUCGACAACAACAAGAAAAAAUACAACAACAACAACAACAACAACAACAACAACAACUUAUACAAGAACAACAGCAACAACAACUUGUACAACAACAACUACUACAUACACAACAAGUACAACACAUUCAACAACAACAAAUUGUACAACGACAGCAACUUAUAGAACAAAAGCAACAACAACAAAUACAACAACAACAGUAACAAAUACAACAACAACA